AUGCCUCCCACAAAAACUCGCGCCGAGUCCCUAAUGUUGCAAAACCAAUGCCUUGAUGCCCUCCACGAACUGUUCCCGGAAGCUGACGUCGGGGAUUUACGCUAUCGUAUCAACUCCAAAUUCCAAGAACACGCCGAACUUUCGGAACAGCUCAAAAUGCUACUCGAACACUCACAGAUGGGCCGCAAGCUGAAGAAACGGAUCGGAAAUAAUGAAACUCUUCAGCCCUGGGAAAUGUUUCGAAGUAGUGAAUAUAUCAAAGCUGUUGAAUACCAUCUAAAGUCGUGGAGACACAAGAUAACGUCUUGGAUCUUCCUCCGCCCCAAGCCAGAGGAACCAAGAGCUAUCCCCAAGUUAGGCCCUACCGGCUGUGCAGAGCUGGAUGAAGAGCUGUGGGAGUUAAAUGCACCAAGCCGAAAGGAGCAAGCGGCUUCUGAUCUUGCUCUUGCCAGAGUUGUGAAUGAAAGGGAAUACAAGGAAUGUGAUGCCUUGCUCGAAUGCGAGUGCUGCUUUGGUGACUACGCCUUUGAAACCAUGGUUGCUUGCUGUUUUGGACAUCUAUUCUGCCACAGCUGCGUCUUCAACGCCGUGAAUGAAGGCAUAUACGGCCAGACAACAAGUUUGAUGCGGGAAAGGGGUACCAUACGGUGUCUCUCCUCCGUAGCAGAUCCACCAUGCGAUCAGCACGUGCCCCUAGAUUUGGUUUUGCAAGCUCUUCCGGUGGAAACCAUACGUGCUAUGGAGGACAGGUUCAUAGAGGAUGACAUAAUUCAUUCUGGUCUCCCCAUUGCUAAGUGUCCCUUUUGCAUGUACGCAGAGACGGACGAAGUGCCUGACUGGACGGUCCGCAAAGGGGCUACGUACACAACGAUAGCCCUAGGAUUGUUCGUAGCGUCCGCAAAUUUUUUAUUAGUCCUAUUCCUUGCCUUUGCAGUGCUGUUCGCAUUGAGUUACAUCUAUCUACUCGAAGUAGUUUCAGCUCCAAAUGCCCUCUACUUUGAACAUGUUAUAUCGACGCUGAUAAAUCGGGCCGUUAAACAGAAACAUGAGAAGACGCGUGGACAGGUAUUCCAGUGUAAAAAUGAUUCGGAAACAUGUGGAAGGAAAAGCUGCCGAAGCUGCCGGAAAGAGUGGAGAGCAUUUCAUAAAUGUUUUGAGAACGAAGAAGAAGCCCUCAGGAUAUGUGUCGAGAAUGCAAUGGCCGCUGCUAUAAAACGUACAUGUCCAACAUGUGGUACUUCCUUUGUGAAAUCAGACGGAUGCAAUAAGUUAACGUGCGUCUGUGGCUACGUGAUGUGUUAUAUAUGCCGGGCAGACCUUAAGGGCAUUGGAUACAAACACUUUUGUCAACAUUUCCGUCAAGUUCCAGGUACGCCCUGCGCCGAGUGCGACAGGUGUGACCUUUAUGUCCAAGAAGAUGAGACUUUGGUUUUAAAAUCGGCAGGCGAGCAGGCACAAGCUGAGUGGUUAUCGAAAAACCCAGGGGUCACUGGCUGGAAACCUCCGCAGCGUCAAGUAAUUGCGGGCUACACUUUGAAGGCGAAUAGACGUGAUGCCACAUCUGCUGUACAGGCAUUCAGAGAGCAGUCGCAGUCGAUCAAAGAGGUUUUAGAACAAUUUCUUUCUCGGGUGCUCGAGAAGUUUAUCGAGUUAAAACUAUAA